AUGGCGCUGUCGAAGCCCUCCGUGUUCUCGCUCGACACCACGUAUCGUUUGAAUUCUGGUCACGAGAUCCCCGCCCUGGGUUACGGGGUAUACCUGACUCCCCCAGCCACGUGCGAAGAGGUAACGACCUACGCACUACGUGUUGGCUACCGACACAUUGACUCUGCCGUCGCCUAUGAGAAUGAGCAACCCUGUGCAAAGGCUGUUGCCGCCUCGGGCCUCAAGCGAGAACAAGUCUUCUUCACCACAAAAGUCCAGCCCCAGGACAUGGGCUACGAGAGGACGGCGCUCUCGAUCCAGACGUCUCUCUCCACGACUGGUUUCGAUUAUAUCGACUUAUAUCUGAUCCACGCCCCGUUUGGAGGCAAGGAAGCUCGGCUUGGGACUUGGAGGGCGCUAAGUGAGGCUCGAGAUGCGGGCAAGAUUCGAAGCAUCGGUGUGUCGAACUACGGCAUUCACCACCUAGAGGAGUUGGAGGAGUAUAUCAAAAGUACCGGUAGCUCUAGUGUCAUCGAUGUCGGCCAAUGGGAAAUACAUCCCUGGCUUCCCCGUCAAGAUAUUGUUGACUGGUGCGGGAAGAGAAAUAUCGUCGUCGAGGCUUACUGCCCUGUCGUCCGGGGUGAGCGUAAAGAUGAAAAGGUCUUACAGGAUCUGAGCCGGAAGAAAGGAAAGACCUGGGCGCAGAUCCUGUUGCGGUGGAGUCUGCAAAAGGGAUUCGUUCCUCUGCCCAAGAGUGAGACACCUUCCAGGAUUCAAGACAACGCCAAUCUCUAUGAUUUUGAGCUAGAUGCAGACGACAUGGAAUCACUCAAUUUUCCCACUUCCUACGCCCCGUGUGCAUGGGAUCCAACCACGAGUCAUGAUUGA